AUGAUGAUGCUGGAGAUGACGAGGCAGGAGAUAACAACAAGGGAAGUAGGAACGACGAGGGAAAUGAUGACGAACUACAUCAAGAAAACAGAAUAUUACGACGAAGAAGAAAAUGAGUUGUCAUCGAAGGAGCAGAAAUUAGGGCAGACGGAGACGAAGAAGAGAGAUCCUGAAAUCAACUGGAAGAGUGUGAUAAAAUCAGUGAAGUUAAGGAGAUAUGACGACGACAAUGAAGAGGACGAAGCCUAUGUGGAUGAUGUGGAACGAGACGACAAGGAAAUAGAAGACGACUACAAAGAAGAGAAGGGCGAUGAUGAGGAAAAGGCAUCUAUGACCAGGAAUAAGAGGGCGACAAUAACGAAUAAUUUGGUUAUGAUGAACGAGGGAAAGACGACGAAGCUGGAGAUGAUGAGUGAGGAGAUAACGACGAGGGAAGUAGCAACAACGAGGGAAAUGACAACGACGAACUACAUCAAGAAGACAGAAUAUUUUGACGAAGAAGAAAAAGGAGUCAUCGUCGAAGGAACAGAGAAUAGGGCGGACGGAGACAAAGACGACGAAGAAGAGACAACCUCAAAUUAA